GGGACGUGAUCCAGACGUUGUCGUGGAGGGAACUUGUUGGCUGGGGCUGGGACAGGAGUAAGGGCAGGAGAAGGGACCUUCCUGGACACGUAACAUCCAUGUUGCAGACUCCAAAGGGAAGAGGCGUGAAUGUCAAGCCUACCAUGUAUUCGUUUCCACGUACAGAGUCUCUCCGGUGGUGUUUACCUGUUAUUGCAGAUUAACAAGGAUGAUGUAACUGCCCUGCACUGUAAAGUUGUUUGCCUUAUUCAGAAUGGAAGUUUCAAAGAAGCUUUGAAUGUCAUCAAUACUCACACCAAAGUUUUAGCCAAUAACUCUCUCUCCUUUGAGAAGGCAUAUUGCGAGUACAGACUGAACAGAAUUGAAAAUGCCUUGAAGACAAUAGAAAGUGCCAAUCAGCAGACAGACAAACUAAAGGAGCUUUAUGGACAAGUGCUGUACCGCUUGGAACGCUACGAUGAGUGCUUGGCGGUGUACAGAGAUCUUGUCCGGAACUCCCAGGAUGACUAUGAUGAGGAGAGGAAAACAAAUCUUUCUGCGGUUGUUGCAGCGCAGAGCAAUUGGGAGAAAGUGGUUCCAGAGAACCUGGGUCUCCAGGAAGGCACACAUGAGCUCUGCUACAACGCUGCCUGUGCGCUGAUAGGGCAAGGCCAGCUGAACCAGGCCAUGAAGAUCCUACAGAAGGCUGAAGAUCUUUGUCGACGUUCAUUUUCAGAAGAUUCUGAUGGGACUGAGGAAGACCCCCAGGCAGAACUGGCCAUCAUUCAUGGUCAGAUGGCAUACAUCCUGCAGCUCCAGGGUCGCACAGAGGAAGCUCUGCAGCUUUACAACCAGAUAAUAAAACUGAAGCCAACAGAUGUGGCACUGCUUGCUGUCAUCGCAAAUAACAUCAUUACCAUUAAUAAGGACCAGAAUGUCUUUGACUCCAAGAAGAAAGUGAAAUUAACCAAUGCAGAAGGAGUGGAAUUCAAGCUUUCAAAGAGACAGCUGCAAGCCAUAGAGUUUAACAAAGCUUUGCUGGCUAUGUAUACAAACCAGGCAGAACAAUGCCGAAAAAUAUCUGCCAGCUUGCAGUCCCAGAGCCCUGAGCGCCUCUUGCCUGUGUUAAUCCAAGCUGCCCAGCUCUGUCGUGAAAAGCAACAUACGAAAGCAAUAGAGCUACUUCAGGAAUUUUCUGAUCAACAUCCAGAAAAUGCAGCUGAAAUCAAGCUUACCAUGGCACAAUUGAAAAUUUCCCAAGGUAAUAUUUCCAAAGCUUGUCUAAUAUUGAGAAGCAUAGAGGAGUUAAAGCAUAAACCAGGCAUGGUAUCUGCACUAGUGACCAUGUACAGCCACGAGGAAGAUAUUGAUAGUGCCAUUGAGGUCUUCACACAAGCUAUCCAGUGGUAUCAGAACCAUCAGCCCAAGUCCCCUGCUCACUUGUCACUGAUAAGAGAAGCUGCAAACUUCAAGCUCAAGUAUGGACGGAAGAAGGAGGCAGUUAGUGACCUGGAACAGCUGUGGAAGCAAAAUUCAAAAGAUAUUCACACCCUAGCCCAGCUUAUUUCUGCUUACUCGCUUGUGGAUCCAGAGAAAGCUAAGGCUCUUAGCAAACACUUGCCGUCAUCUGAUAGCAUGUCUCUAAAAGUGGAUGUUGAGGCUCUUGAAAAUUCUCCUGGUGCUACGUAUAUUCGGAAGAAGGGUGGAAAAGUGACUGGAGACAGUCAACCAAAGGAACAAGGACAGGGAGAUUUGAAAAAGAAGAAGAAAAAAAAGAAAGGAAAACUGCCUAAGAAUUAUGACCCAAAAGUUACCCCGGAUCCAGAAAGAUGGCUACCUAUGCGAGAACGUUCUUACUACCGAGGAAGAAAGAAGGGUAAAAAGAAGGACCAGAUUGGAAAAGGGACACAGGGAGCAACUGCAGGAGCCUCCUCCGAACUGGAUGCCAGUAAAACUGUGAGCAGCCCACCCACCUCCCCAAGACCUGGCAGUGCAGCAACGAUAUCGUCCUCUACAAGUAACAUUGUGCCCCCACGACACCAGAAACCCGCAGGGGCCCCAGCAACAAAAAAGAAACAGCAACAGAAGAAAAAGAAAGGAGGCAAAAGUGGCUGGUGAAGACAAUGUACUUGUUGCAGGCUGUUCUUAUCCAGUGUCAGUGACAUUAGGAGCAUAAUAAAGGUAACACAGCAAGAACGCAGAGCUCUCCCUCCUCCAUCCCUAGUCCAGAACUGAUUCCUUACAUUCAGAUGGGAAAACGUCCUCAAACUGCCUAAUCAGAUUUGGCCUACUUGUACCAAAUAGCUUUACGAAGACUGAAGAUGACCGAGUGUUGAGGCACGUUAUCUAAGGUUUCCCAGGAUUAAAUGGAAAGUGUUUCCUGUUUCAACUAGUGAAGAUAUGUGUUCCUAUCCAAGUCUCACCUUAAAUUAUGUCUUAACGAGGCUAAAGGUGGCACCUUCUGAGCAUUCCACCUAAUUGUUUAGGACUAUCAUGUGAUGAAAAGGGAUCUUAGUGAAUGAAAGACUCGGUGUCUAAAACAACUUUCAUCAUAAUCCUCUGUCCUGUGAUGCUGGAAUUGGGACUCCUUCACAUGUAUGUAUAUGUGGACACAUCUGACUCCUUUGUACCCUUGUCACCUUCAUUUUCAGAUUAUGUUAACAUGCUGAUUAGUUCCACUGAAGACCUCAAGAAAAUAUAUCAAUGUUACAAGCAGUUGAUGCUUAGACCCAGUGUUCUGAGGGCAAAUGGGUUUGGGCUUCUUAAUCAGAACACUUAAUGGCCACUAUCAAGAACAUAAACUCUGACUUCUUUAUGUUAAGAGGGAACAGUACCAGGCGGUAUUGAAACUCACAAGAGCAUUUGGCCCAGUUAGCAUUCAGAUGGCACCCCUUUCUGGUUAUGGGACAUGACCUUCCAUUACCUUUUUCAAAGUAAUGUGGUUUGCAGUCACUUUGUGGUAACAGUGUUGCUCUUGUCUUUCAUUGCUAGCUGGCCACUUUCCUACUCAAACAGUUGUGAGACUCACCUGGGGUGCCUCCCCAUGUUUAAUAUUCAUUUAUGCCACCCAAGCUAUCAUUUAUUUCACACUCUAUUUCCUCAUGAUCAGAUUACUCUGCCCUUGUUAAUAAAAGUGCUGCUGUGUUUGAGCAUUA